AUGACAACUCCCUCCCCGAACAAGAAGCUAUCAAACAACCUCAUGGGCAUGAAGUUCAUGCAACGCAAACAACAAGCGGAUUUGAUCGCCCAACAACUAAAAGAAGAGGCCAGCCAGCGGGAAGCGGCCCACUGGGUUGUGAGCAAUCCACAAGCUGCCAUCAUCCCUCCCACGGCCGUGGUGGCCGACGAGCAAGUUGUCACCGGCGUGCGAAGCGGGCGCAUGUCCUUCGGCCAGUUCAACCCGAGCAUUGAGGAACUGCACCACGGACCCAAGGAAACUAAGAUCGAGGAGAAGGACACACUGGAGUGGUCGGCCGUCUACCGAAACCAAGCAAAGGCCAAACAGGAGGAGAUGGGGCGGAAGAGCAUGUACGGCCGGAACCGAAAGCGAACAGGCAAUGCCGAUUCCGAUGACGAGAAGAAGGGCGCGCAGCAACCCGACGCCAAGCGGGCGAAGAAGGACAAGACACCCAAGAAGGAGAAGAAGACCAAGAAAGAAAGGAAGAAUUGA